AUGUACCAAACAAUUAACGUUUGCUUGGCGCUUACUCUAGCAGUUACCAAUGUAUGCGCUGCCCCCAUAAAAUUCAAUGACUCCAGUCCCGCUCUCCCACUUGAAAGUAUAAGUGGAUACUUGGAUUUGACUGGUGCAGAAGACUUGGCUCUUUUGCCGGUAUCAAAUGCGACCCACACCGGAAUACUAGUCGUGAACACUACGAUACUUGCAAGUGCUCUGGCAUCUGAAAGCAACUAUAACAAAAGAGAUGCCAACGCAGAAGCUGAGGCUGAACCCUGGAGUUGGUUAAGACUCGAUAGGGGCCAGCCAAUGUAUAAGAGAGAUGCCAACGCCGAAGCUGAAGCUGAACCUUGGAGAUGGUUGAGGCUCGACAGAGGCCAGCCUAUGUACAAGAGAGAGGCGGAGGCCGAAGCUGAAGCUGCAGCCCAACCUUGGACAUGGUUGAAGCUCGACAGGGGUCAGCCAAUGUAUAAGAGAGAUGCCAACCCAGAAGCCGAGGCCGAGCCCUGGAGCUGGCUAAGACUCGAUAGGGGCCAGCCAAUGUAUAAGAGAGACGCCGAAGCUGAAGCUGAAGCCGAACCUUGGAGAUGGUUGAGGCUCGACAGGGGUCAACCAAUGUAUAAGAGAGAUGCCAACGCCGAAGCUGAAGCUGAACCUUGGAGAUGGUUGAGGCUCGACAGAGGCCAGCCAAUGUAUUAG